UUACGUAGAUAAUAUCCCACAAGCAUAUUGCUUAUCAGAUCAUUUGCUCAUCUUAUAUGUAAAAUUUUUCAUGGCUAUGUUUUUGAUCAUAAGUAUUCUGUGCAAUUAGAGGUCUUCAUAAAAUGAACUUUUAGGCCUAAAUUCUGCUGUCACUUCAUUAAUUAUCGUAAUAAGUACACGCGAUAAUCGAUUGGGCUGAAAACCAGCCAAGUCCCAAACUUACUAGGCAUAUAAAAUCCUUGCCCUUAAGGAAAGUUUUUCGAAACCUAGAAAAAUUAAAUUAAAUUUUUCUCCAAAUAUUUAUCUCUAAAUAUUUACUACAAAAUAAUACAUAUUUGCAUAUGCACAUAUUUCUCUCUGUAAGAUUUUUGCACUCCUCAUGCAGUUUAUCAUGUCCAGAUUUCAUUCAAGCAUAUGUACUAUGUUUCAGGUGAUUAUGGUGUUCCCUCAGCUCCAGCAUCCUCGUAUGGAAGUCCGCCGUCUUCCUAUGGGGGUGGGGGCGGUGGGGGUGGCCAUGGUGGUGGCGGAGGAGGUAGCAGUUAUGGAGCGCCUUCAUCUUCCUAUGGGGGUGGGGGCGGUGGAGGUGGCCAUGGAGGAGGCGGUGGGAGCUAUGGGGUUGUCGCGGCUCCGUCAUCUUCUUACGGCGGUGGCGGUGGGGGUGGCCAUGGAGGAGGUGGGUCCAGCUAUGGCGUUGUUGCAGCUCCGUCGUCUUCUUACGGAGGGGGAGGAGGAGGCGGUGGGAGCUAUGGGGUUGUCGCAGCUCCAUCAUCUUCUUAUGGGGGUGGAAGUUCUAGUUAUGGCGUUCCACAAGCUGAACCUCUCUCGUCGUACGGAGGGGGAGGAAAAGGCGAUGGAGGUGGUUUCGGGGGUGGGUCGAGUAGCUAUGCUGCUCCUGCUUCUGAUUACGGUGGGUCGUCGAAGGGUGGUGGAGGAGGAGAAAGUUAUGCCGCUCCUGAUUUUGGGUCUAGCGUCAGCUACAACGCUCCUUCUCAGAGCUACGGAGGGGGCGGUGACGGUGGGGGUAAAGCAAUUGCUCAAAUCAGUGUUAUUGUGGGAGAUUUUCAAGACCACCAUGUUUCUUCAGGUGGCCAUGGCGGUGGUGGGGGUAGUCAUGGCGGAGGAGCGUAUGGAAAGAAGUGAAAGUUUGGAGAAAGCGAUUCAUAAUCAGAUUAGUAAUUUUGUACUUUAUGACUCAAACUCUAAUCAGCUAGUCAACCAACUCAAAACAUUAAUGCUAACCGUAAUGAUAA